AAGUAAUUAAAGCGAGUGCUUGGAAGUGUUUUGAAUCUAGAAGUGUUUGAGUAGCAAUUCGACAAUAUAAAUUAUUUCAUAGUUUGUUUAACAGGAAAAUAUCAGUGAUGGAUAGUGUUAACAGUUCAAAAGAGGCUGAUAUGGAAAGCAUCUUCCCCAUUGAAUUACCACAAGAAACUAUUUUGGAUGUAGUCAUCAAGUCUAAAGAUUGUAGCGACCGUGGCCUUGUUAAAGUGAUUUCUUAUAAUAUUGCGCCUGCUGAUAACGAUUUAGGUUUAUCUGGAGAUUAUUACUCUCUUUCUGUUACUUUCAAAACUGACGAAAAAGAUGGUGAAUGUAAUCAACAAUUUUUUAUAAAAAUGUUGCCAGUGCGGUACCCAAUGGAACGUAACAGAGUGAAAUAUUUAAAGCUCUUUGACAGAGAGAAGAUUAUGUAUGCUACCAUGAACCGAUUGGAAUCUGAGAUCAAGCAGAACUGGCGGCCAAACUUUUACUUCGCGAAUGACAGUCUACUUGUUAUGGAGGAUAUAAAAAAAAUGAAUUUUCAGUGUUUAAGUUCAAGUCAAAUAUCUCCAGAGUUGACGAAAGCCUGUCUUGAACAACUGGCUCAGUUGCAUGCGAAAGGCAUUGCAGAAAAUAUUUCGAAAGGAAUAAGUAACCUUCAAAAAGAUUCCCCUUUGAACGAUUGUUUACUGGAAAGAUACAAUCCUUGGGUUCAAACAGGAUUCAUGGCAAUUCAGGCAUUAGCUCUAAAAGAUGCAAGGAAUCAGUCCGACCAGCGACAGAAAUUUAUCAAGGACGAACUAAUUCUGUCAAUGAAUAACAUUUUCGAUUUACUGAAGGCAACAAAUGAUACCCUGAAGAUAUUAUGCCAUUGUGAUUUGCGCCCUAAAAAUAUCUUUUUCAAGAAAGUAGAAGAUGGACAAGAUUCAGACUCUAAAAUUCAAUGUCGGUUCGUGGAUUUUCAAGAAGUUCGAUGUCUACCACCAGCCAUAGAUGUUCUGCUAUUUCUCUACUAUAACUUGCGGGAACCCAUCCUAACAGAUGAUAUUUUUACUGAAUAUACUAAAUAUUAUUAUGCAAAACUGAAAAGUUGCUGCGAAAAUAUGAAUAUUGAUUUAGGGAAUCAUUUAACAGAUGCGGAUUUUGAAGAAACUUUAGACCGGUACAAAGGUCUGGCGCUGGUGAUGAGAGCCCUUCAUGCUCCCUUUUUGUGUGAUCCUAGUUACACUUUCCAAUUGAGGAACAAGGAUAUUGAGAAGUACAUUGAAUGUAUGUCUGCAGAUAGGUUGGAAAUGAUUGCCGCUGUAUGUGAGAAAGAUAAAACUUCUGAACUAUUUAUUUCGGAAUCUAUUCAAGCAAUUGUUGAAUUUUUCGAUAGAGAGCAGUAACAAAGAAAAUAUUUAAGAGUUGAAAAUUGAACAUUCUAUUUAUUUUUGUAACUAUUUUGGUGGUCAUAUAUUUAGUAUAUAUUCAAAAUCAACUUGAAUUGUGUUCACAGUAUUAACAAAAAGAAAUAAAAUUUACGAUCGUUUGAAAACAUUU